AUGAAGAUCUCAAACGACAGCGCCGUGCCAGUCUACACAAUAGCGGGUGCCGAAGCCCGGCCACUUCCAGAAUGGCUCGUCCGAAGGCGCAAACGAAGUUUGAAACAAGACGCUGCGUUCGCACAAAGGGUAGAGCUACUUCAAGACUUCGAGUUUGAAGAAGCGAGCCAGUGUGUGCGCGUUUCUGAAGACGGGGAGUGGGUAAUGUCCACAGGAACAUACAAACCCCAGAUCCACGUACACAACCUUUCACAGCUAGCUCUAUCCUUCGAGAGGCAUACGAACACCAUCAACGAGACCUUCCAGCUGCUCAGUUCCGACUGGACCAAGUCGAUUCAUCUCCAGACAGAUCGGUUCGUAGAGCUUCACACUGCAGGCGGCCUGCAUUACCGCACGCGAAUUCCACGUUACGGGCGAGACCUUGUGUACGACAGACACUCGGCAGAAGCACUCAUCCCAGCGGUCGGUGUCAAUGCAGGAGGAUCGGGAGAGGUGUACAGAUUAAACCUCGAAGUUGGAAGAUUUAUGAAGAGCUAUGAGAUCGACGUUGGAGGCGACGACAUGGCCACUACAGGGGCAGGGUCACUACAGGGAGGCAUCAAUGCCGGCAGCGUGAAUACCGCUUCGAUAGCAGAGGACAGCCACAACCUGCUCGCAUUCGGAACAUCGUUGGGCACAGUCGAAUUCUGGGACCCGCGAUCACGCAAUAGAGCAGGGAUACUGUCCGCUCCCACCGACGCCUUCGAGGGCCGCUCCGAAAUAUCUGCCCUGCAAUUCCACCGUUCUGGUUUGGAACUGGCCACAGGUAACUCCAGCGGUCUAGUCCACCUCUACGAUCUACGUUCGCCCGUCCCAAUCUUGAAGAAGGACCAAGGUUACGGAUAUGCCAUCAAGAACAUCGUCUAUCUCAACUCUUCAGCCUCGACCCGCGCUCAAACCGCCGAGCCAAAGAUCCUCACCUCCGACAAACGCAUCAUCAAGAUUUGGGACGCCCGUGAUGGUAAGCAUUGGACAUCCGUGGAACCUGCCGUAGAUUUAAAUCACGUUGAGUGGUGCAAGGACACUGGUAUGCUCCUCACAGCAAACGAAGGCAAGCAACAACACGCCUUCUUCAUCCCCCAGCUCGGCCCCGCCCCAAAAUGGUGCGCCUUCCUCGACAACAUCGUCGAAGAAAUGGCCGAGGACCCUAAUGAUCCCAACGCUUUCAACAAGAACUCCGGCGGCGACGUCUACGACAACUUCAAGUUCCUCACCAUGGAGCAACUGCGCCAGCUCAAUCUCGACCACCUCAUCGGCACCACGAGUCUGCUCCGCCCAUACAUGCACGGCUACUUCGUCGCGCAGAAACUCUACGAAGAAGCGCGCCUCAUCUCGAACCCCGACCUCUGGCAGGAACAGCGGCAAAAGAGUAUCGCGGAAAAGGUCGCCAAGGAGCGCGAAUCUCGCAUCCGCGGCAACAAAAAGGCUACCGUCAAGGUCAAUCGCAAGCUCGCGGAGAAGAUCAUGGAGCGCGAGGAGAAGGCCGAGCGCAGGCGCGCAAAGCGCGUGCUCGAGAAAGGUGGCGACGACGACAUGCUCGACGCAGACACCGAGCCCGCGCCCGCAGUCGGAGAAGUCGAGGACGACAAGCCGAAGGGCGUGCUCAGCGACCCGCGUUUUGCGCGCCUGUUCCAGGACGAAGACUUCGAGGUUGACGAGGCGAGCCACGAGUUCAACGCUAUCAACCCUAGUACGAACGCGAGCACGAGAUUGCCCAAGGGUCUCACGGCCGUCGAACAGGAGGAACUCGAUUCUGCACAAGAGUCUUCAGAUGACGGUUCUUCAGACGACGACGGACAGGAGCGUGCACAGCGGCCGGCGAAGAAGGCAGCACCUGUCGAUAACACGCGCAUCUCCACGUCCUCCUAUAAGAAAUCCGGCCACAACAAGAGACCCCCAGGGCCGCAGAUGGUCGUCUCCUCUUCGGCGCGAAGAGCGGAGCCCACUCGCGACCGCACAUUCGGGUCCCGCAUGUCGAAGCUCAAGGAGAGGCGGCCGGCGAAUAAAUCGACGACCACAGUGGUCGGCGAGAGGGAAAUCACGUUUGCGCCGGAAAGGAAGGGCAAGCAGAGCGAGACACAAGCACAGAGGCACGACCGGAGGAAGGACAAGGAUAGGAGGAGCGCGAGUAACAAUGCAUUUAGGGGGAUGUAG